CACUUUUGCGAAAGGUGAAAACGCCUCUGUAUCUUGGACAAAAACUGUGAGAAAAGUUCUUGGUAACUUUGUGUUGCUCCAGAUGGUAAAAUCUGCAGUCCCUACAUCAAUGCAGUAAGGGAAGAUAUUUUUCAAAGGCUUGCCUUUUGUCCUAACACUUUUAAAACAUUUUUAGACAUGAUCUUUUCAAAGCUACGUUGGGGGAUUUCCGCUCCCUUGCUGUUUUAAAACGCUUGUACUCUUGUUUUAACCACAAAGCUUACGCUGGCGUGAGCUCUCUCUCUCCCUCUCAUUUUCUCCCCAUUGAGGACCAGCUACAGUUUUCAGGUAUGGCUUUACCAAAAUGUGUCUCAUUAAUGCCAGCAGGAGCCUAACGUUGCUAGAAUUAUUCCUCAUCUCUGAAGGGUUCUUCAGGGGUGAACUGUGGCACACAGGGGUGUCAGUGGCACAGGGCUGCAAUGGGGGAAGGCUGCAGACCUCAAAACAUCUCAGGAACUGAGUUCACUCCCUGAACCGGCAAAGCAGUGCUGGGGUGUCAUAGGGGUGAAUGGUGGUGCCCUCUUACCGAAAUUUCUGUUGGUGCUCAGGAAGGUGGUAAAACAUCCAGGUAUUGCUACAGAAGUGAUGGGAACAAAGUUAUUUUCUAGCUGUGAAUGAGAUUAUUUUAAGGCAAAAGUUUUCCAUAUUACUGUAACAAUAUUGUGUUGAUUACGCGUAGAGAGAUUUCUUGAUAAUACAAAAACAAUUAAUGAUUAGGAGAUCCAGGGAAAAGAGUAGAUGUAGCAAAUAAGCCAGCUGGCUGUAAAAUCAAAACUACUUCAGCACCAGACACACUUCGUUAGAUGUAAGAGUGUAUUUUUUUAAACUUUUUUUAAAAUGCUAUCCGUGUUGUAAUCUAUGCCUUAAAAAACCAAUGAAGUCUAGUCUUAUGGGGGUUUAUUGUAAUGCUUGACUGUAACUCUAUGCAAAGGAAACCCUACUGUCUUACUCUGCUUAGUGAAAAUUUGCCUAUGGAGAUUAGCAAAUUGAUGCUUGCUUAGUAAGGUUUUACUGUGCUUUGAGAAUAAGGUAAUACUGGAAUUUGAAUUGGAUAAUAUUGUCUAUAUACAAAAGAAAACAAAUUUGUUCUGCUGCCCUCUGCAGCAACAUCCCCUGUGGGGUUGCAGGCACAUAUCCAAUAGGAAAUUAUUACCGUUAGAAAUAUUUUCUUCUGGCUACCAGCUGGUCACUGCACCAUGGUUUUUAAGCUAUUAGGACAACAGCAGAACAGUUCCUGAGACUGACUUGCUGCCAGGUGAAAUAGGAGCAAGCCCUGAGUGUUAGUGGUGGGUCUGUGUUGGUGCAAUAGGGGAUCCUUUCCCUUUGCAGCCUCUGGGCUGGGGGGCCACAAAUUAUGCAGCCGGAGUCCUUCUCCCCCACGGCAACUCUGUAAGUGCAUUUUGUUGUCAGCAGUCAAAGUGUUGUAACUCUUCCUGGGUUGGAAGGGACAAGGAUGUUCCCUCAGUGAGGUCAGAUGUCAUCAUCUGCUGUUUUCACAUAAUCUGCUGUAUCUUAAAUAUGUAUUUCAAAGUGUAUAGAUAUUUUUAGUCAUUCUUUAGCAGACUCCGUUGCCUGUUCCACUCCAUAUGUUAAGAGUUGGGGCAUAUAUUUCUUGUCCCCAAAUUGCAGUGUUUUUGUGGAGGACCUUAUAUUAGUAGUAAAUCAUAUAACUUUGUUCUUUUAAUUCAAAAAUACUGGAGGCAGCUAAUCUACCUAGUUUAUAAGGCAGCUUGGAGGGCGUCAUUUUAAUGCAAGGUAUGUUCCCCUCCAUCAUAUUUCUGCCUGUCAUCUCCCAAUGAACUGAAUUGAUCUUAGACCUCUAAAUUUGACAAAACUUUCCCCACUGUGACUAAGACAGGCUUCCAGUUCUGAUGUACCAUAAAAGGUAGAUAAUUUUCAGAGGGAGGGACAGGGCAUCCUCUAAGGCUUGUCCCUACCAAGUGCCUUUGGGCAAAGGAAUAGAGCUGAACUGGAGCUAGGUGUAUAGGAACAUAGGUAUACAGCUUUUUUUCUAUGCCCUGUUGUAUGUAUUUUAUGAAAGCAUGAUAAGUAAGGAAUUGAUCACAGUGCUUUUUACUGAGCAAUACCCCAGUCCUGGAGGGGAGCUGAGCAUUACCGUCCCCUCAUGCAGUGAACCUGGCAGAAGCCGUGCUUUCAGCCCCUAUUUGUUGGGCAGCAGCAGGACCAAACUUGUCCAUGUGUGAUAACCAAAGUUGUGAUAACAACACAUAUUUUCCCUUCUCAGUCUAAAAGAUGUGGUGGCAUUCAGUGCCUGUGUCUCGGGUCUGCCGUCCUGGAGGUUUUGGUGCUGCAGCCUGCUGUAGUGGUGUGCUCAUAGCUCAUGGGGUAAUCUGCUGACCUUUUGCAGGGGCUUGGCUUUGUGUGAGAGAAAACAGGAAAAACACGUUGUCUUUAAAAAGAGCAACCGCAUUAUAGGGAUGGUUUUCUCUAUGUGCAGUAAGUAUGUUUUCAUGGCUAAAAAAAAGUUAAUCUGUCCACAAUAGUUCAAUGUGAUAUUAGUGUUGCACGCCGCUUCUCUCAAUUCUGACUGCUGGUGGCGUAGAUAGGCAGCAGUGCUGCUGGAGGGGAACUGUUUGAACAUGGCUUUAAAAAUGUUAAUGUAAUUUUAUAUUAUAUUAAGUCAUGCCCAUGCUGAUUUUUCUUCUUAUUAUCAUGUUCUGCUUGUGUCUUGCUCAGUUUCUGAACAGCAAGAUAUACUGUGUGGAGCAUUUUAAUGGAAAAUGUUUGGGUGCAGUUUGGUGUGGUGGUAGUUAAAACAGGAUAGCCCACAUUUAAGAAAGUUUAUUGUUGUUAUGAAAAUUCUCCCCCUUGGAUUAUUUCCAGUGAGGUUAAAGCAUCUGUGUACAACACCGUUAUGUAAAGAGUUGUUCCAGAAGUGUUUUGCAUGUGCUGCUGUUGGUGCAGGCAGGGCUGGGAUGCUGAAAUGGUAGGAAGGUGCAGCUGGGAGCUCUUUGUACUGCACUGCUAUUGAGCUCCCACUCUUUGGUAGCUGUUCAUAGGACUUGGGCUUAGCUUCUAGUGACUCAUACUACUUUUUUAUGUGCGGUCAGAAUUAAUUCUAUUUAUUUCAGUAUUUUGAAAUCCAUUUUUUUUGACGUGUAGAUUUUCACCAUCCAUAGAUUGGGGUAUUUUUUGUGUGUGUGCUGUUGCAGUGGAGUUGCAAUGAAAAUCCCUUUGCUGCAUGCAUUUUGUGUCUGCCACAAGAGCAUUGUCAUGCAGCAUGAACCUGCCACUCUCUUUUAAAACAGCAUUACAGUUCACAUGCAUGCUGAAAUAUUGUAGUGUGUGCAAUAAAGGACGCCUUCCCGUUGCUCUUAGCUGUGAACAGGCAGAAGUGAAAGCAUACCUCUUCUCCUAAGUGGGCCAGGCAUUAGCUUCCGAGACCACGGGCGCUGGAAGCCAGAAGUGGACGAAGAGCUUCUGCAAUCCGCCCUGAGUCACCGGUGGGCACUGGGACGGGAAUUACACGCCACCUGCGAUGGUUUGGAUUGCAUCCCGCCGAGCGCUGGCCGGCGGUAGGUCUGGCGGUAGGUCUGGCACAGGGCUGCCUUUCUCGGCUCCUCCAAGCUCACCUCCCCAGCUGGUUCACACAGGCACUUCCCCAGCUUGGGUGAAGCAUCACCAUCCACAGGCCCUCUCCUGGAGCAGCCCAUUUCCUCCAGCAAAGCAGCUGCAAACCCUGCAGCAAACCUCCUGCAAGGCUGGCAGUGGUGGCAAACAUCCCCAGUCUUCUGGGCACCCGGAGGUUUCCGUUCUGCCCUCUGAGCAGGCAGGCUUGCCUUUCACCUGAAGUGCUCUUUCCUGUGCCCUGAGGUGCCCUCAGCUGUGCAACAGGCUCCUGAGCGAGUCUGAGGUGCAGGAGGAGCUUUCAUAGAGAUGCUGAGAGUCUCCAUUUUUAGGAAUGGGAUCUGGGUUGGGUGCGUCAUGAAGGUGUUUAAGGAUAUAAAGGCUCUUGCUUCAGCAAGAUAGUUGGAAGGCAUUGUACCACAGCAGAGUGCUCCUUGCAGAAAGAGAUGGGAACGAAUGUGUUUGAUUUGAUGAGCAGCGAGAGCUCUGAAGGAGUUUCUGGAUGGGAUUUUGGGCUGGUGACUGUGUUUCUUCUUAAUACAUCCCAUAACUUCGUUGCCUAAAACAUCUGUAACAUUGUUCACCCCAGCUGGAAGUACUUCUGGAGUUAAGGUAGAACCUUAAAGGCAAAACAGGUAAAAUGUGGAUUUUUUUUUUUUUUUAGUGUGUUUUUACACAGUGUGGCAUUAACUUGCUAAACCAUACUAUCAGGUGAUACAAGUCCAGGAGUGUAAUAGGACUCAGGAAAUUGGAUGCCAUGUAAAUGGGAGAGAGCACUAAUAAGAGAGAGGAAGGAAACAUGUUUCAGGAUUCUCACCAACGACAGAAUGAGUUGGUAGGAAAUUUGUCCUGUAGGUAGUCUAUGCUGUGGAAGUUAACAGUGACAGCUGUCUAUCUGCCUUUGAAGCAGCAGGUGCGCUCUGCUGCUGGCAUCAGCUACCAAGGCAGCCCAGGCCCAAGGCUGGUGAUCCCUUGGGCUGCAUUUGGGCGUCUCUGGUUCGUGUGAGGAAAAUAGAAUUGCUCCUUACUAAGCGUCAGAGAACCGGGAACCCCAUUUUCAGAGGAGAAAAGGUCAGCUGUAUAAAAAUGAAAGGAGUGACGUGGACAAUCAUCUCUGGUUUGAAGCAGAAGGCUGUUCAUUUGGAGGGACCGAACAGGGUAAUUUGCAAACUCCAGUUGGAAUAAGUCUUUACGCCUGGAAUAUGAUUAGGGCUUGUAUUCCUGUGGGCUACCGACGUUAGAUGGCCAGUUGUGCUGAAGUCUGACAUUCAGCCUGGUGGAGGGCAGGGAGGCUCUCACAAGCUGGGCAGGUAAAUACUGCAUACAACCACGAACAAGGGUGUUGAGUUACAGGAGCACGCAGAUGUUUGCUGUGAAAUACAUUUUCGUUGGUUAAAUGCUUUGGCAUGUUUUUGAAUCAGGUACUUCAUCUGUCUGCAGGAUUUCCUCACCCAGUAUGGGAUAUUAAAGUAGAAAGGAAAAUGGAUGCUGCUUUCUGACGCCUAAUCACUGCUUUCAUGGGCCAGGAAUCCAUUGCAGCAGGGAGCUAGGGCAGUAUAUCAGUACUUGGCAUACUGUUUCAUGCAAGCCAUGAGGUUAUUAAUGGUGAUGUAUUGGCCCUGCUUCCCUACGAAAGCAGCGGAUACCCUCAGUGACCUUACAGGAGCUGAGUCAGAGCUCUCGGAGAGGUGCUGAUGCCAGUAAGAGUGACUCGAGUGACUGACAGGGUGGGUGGUGCACGCAGAGGUGAAGUAGCGUCCCACAGCACAGCUAUAAAAUUGAGCACUUCCCCUGUGAAACAAUGCGAGACCUCAGGUGCAUUGUGCUUUUGUACACAUCCUGUAAGGAAAAAAUGUCUACUGAAUGCAAAGCCACAAGAAAUGAAAACGAGAGUGGCUCUAGGUCUCGAGCUACUUGCAAAAAAAAUACUGCAAGAUUGAGGGACUGGUGGCAAAUCUCAAGGUUUGUGACUUAGGGCUGGAAACAAAUGUUGCUGGUUUUUCCUAUUAGAAAAUUAACAUUGCAUUCCUGUGCUGUGUAUGAGCUUUGGUAAGUUGAGAGAAAAACUUACGUUGCUCUUCUGAUUGCAGUCUUGCUUUUCUGUCUUUUUUUUUUUCCACCGCUUCUUUCAGGCAGGAUUAAUAUAGCCAAGAACUUGCACAUAAUUAAGUAAAAUUUUGAAAAAAUAGGAUUAGAGUUUACUGCUAUAAAUGAGUGAUCAACAGGAAAAAGAAAGAUGUCAAGUUAAGAGGCUUUGACUCCUGUAACACCUAAACUGAAAUUGGCGCUGCAUUUACCUCCGAAAUCUGUCACAUCCUGCUGCAGAUGACAACCCUCCCGCAAGCGGCAGCCUGCUGCAAGUGGUAGCCAAGGCAGCGUGGCUGCCAGUGAAUAUUUGAAAGGAAUCCCCGUGUCUGGUUCCCAGUGCAGCUCCCAUGGCCUGUGACGAACCUGCUGCUCUCUCGGGCAUCUUCACGCGCCAGAACUCUGCCAGCACCAUCUCUCUGGACUUUGAGCCUGAUGCCGACUACAAGUUUGUUGAAACCUUAGAAGACAGGUACAAGUGCGCCUACUGCCACCUCGUCCUUCGCAAUCCCCACCAGACGGGAUGCGGGCACCGAUUUUGCCAACAGUGCAUUCUUUCUCUGAGAGAGUUGAAUGCAGUACCCACUUGUCCUGUCGACAAAGAAACAAUAAAAAUGCAUGAGGUAUUCAAAGACAACUGCUGUAAAAGAGAAGUUCUCAACUUGCAUGUGUUCUGCAAAAACAUUCCUGACUGCAAUUCAAAAAUAAUUCUGGGACGAUAUCAGGAGCACCUUCAGCAGUGUUUGUUUGAAAGCGUGCAAUGCACCAACGAUGGAUGUGGUGAUCAAAUUCUUCGGAAAGACUUGAAAGAGCAUUUGAGCCAGCACUGUAAAUUUCGAGAAGAAAUGUGUCAGUACUGUAAUAAAUAUGUGGUGUUAAUUAACAUAAAGAAUCAUGAGAAAAAUGACUGUCCUGAUUAUCCUGUGCCUUGUCUCCAAAACUGUUCACAAAUAAUUCUGAAAAAGGAGAUUGAAAAGCACCACGCAGUGUGUCCUGAGGCAGAAGUGGAUUGCCCAUAUAAGCAGUAUGGCUGUCUUGUAAAGGUUAAAAGAGGGAAACUUGCCGAACAUGAAAAUGGUGCCCUGAGGGAACACAUGCUGCAGAUUUUAGACAAGAACUCCCGGUUGGAAGAACAGAUAUCUGACCUGUAUAAGAGCCUGGAAUGUAAAGAGAUUAAAAUCCAGCAGCUAGCAGAGGCCAUUAAAAAGUGUGAGAAAGAGUUCAGACAGUUUACACAACUGUUUGGUAAAAAUAGCAACUUGAUGGUAAGCACACAGGCUCUGGCCAGUCAUCUGGAUAAGUCUGCACGCCUGGAAUCGCAAGUGAAACAGCUAAUACAGAUGGCAAACCAGCAACAAAGCAAAUUAGACUUGCGACCCCUGUUUGACACAAUUGAACAUGUAAAACAGAAGAUUGCCCUGAUGGAGACAUACGAUCAGCGCUUGGUUGUUUUGGAAGGUCAGUCCAGCAAACACGAUCUCCAGAUCAAUAUUCACAAAGCACAGCUCAAUAAAAAUGAAGAACGGUUUAAGCUUUUGGAAGGCACAUGCUACAAUGGGAAAUUAAUCUGGAAAAUCACGGACUACAAGAUGAAGAAAAAAGAAGCGGUGGAAGGCCGUGUCCUCUCCAUAUUCAGCCAGCCCUUUUACACCAGCCGCUGUGGGUACAGGUUAUGCGCAAGAGCCUACCUGAAUGGGGAUGGCUCAGGAAAGGGAACACACGUCUCCCUCUACUUCGUGGUGAUGAGAGGGGAGUUUGACUCGCUGCUACCGUGGCCUUUCAAGCAAAAAGUUACACUUAUGCUUUUGGACCAAAGUGGGAAAAAAAAUCACAUCGUGGAAGUCUUUAGAGCUGACCCUAACAGCAGCAGUUUCAAAAGGCCGGAUGGAGAAAUGAAUAUUGCCUCUGGAUGUCCACGCUUCGUGCCACACACAGUCCUGGAGAACACAAAGAACACCUACAUCAGAGAUGACACUCUGUUUUUGAAAGUGGUUGUGGAUUUAACCGAUCUGGAGGAAUUGUGAAAAGCGUGCCCGAUCCAUGUGACUGCUUUAAACAUUACAAAAUGUUUUCUUGGAGACUACUAGCCAUGCAAUAGUGAAUUGCCACUAGUCAAGCUACUGAUAAUGUUUCGAGGCUUUUGGACUGCAUAACAGAUAAUGAAUUGCCAAAGCAUCAGCCUUUCCUUUUUUAACCUUUUUUUCAAGACUGCGUUUUUAAGGCAGCUAGAAGUCCAGUUUGAUGCGAACAUGCAUUCGAUCCAGACUUGGCUCAGUCCAGGCUGGGGGGAAUGCUUGUCUCCCAUCACCAGACUGGUGUUUGGAGACGAAACUCCUCCAGUAAGCCCCCUGGAGCCCAAGCAGGCCUGUGGGCUCCCAUCCCUCACAUAGAACUGAAGCCAUGCCCAAGUGUGCAAGUGCAUUUCACUUGUCUGAAAUGGAAGCAUUUCAACAUUAGCACAUUUGAAUCAAUGUAUCUUGAUCCCUCCAUCUCCUGGAUUUUUGAAGUGGGGAGAAUGGCUUCAAUCAGGCAGGGAAAACAUUUGCCUGGGAUCUUGCAUCUUUUUUGUUUGUUUGUUUGUUUUAAUUGUUUUUUUCCAGAAAGCCCAGAGGAAGAUGCCAAUGCCUCUUAGCCUGGUAUUUCAGCUGUAUAGAGUACCCCCAGGUCACAAUAGCUUUGUUAUGUCCUUUCCGUUCCUGCCUAGUGCCUUGGGACUGAUUUCCAUUGAUGGUAAACAUCCACAGUCCCCAUCUGAAGCCAAAAGAAGCUGCAGGCACUUCUCACCUCUCAGGACAUGGCCAGAAGCAGGGUACUCUUGGCUGCACUGCUGGAAGAAGGGGUGCAAAACUCCUGUACUUGUGCUCCCACACCUGCACAAAAGAGAUGUUUUCUGGCCUACCAGCUCUACAAAAGACAGGAAGAGCUUUGGAUAUCUGCUUGGGAAAAGGUCCACGUAACAUGCACUGUUCCCCUCUGCUAGAAAUUUGGAUGUUUGGGAAAGAAGGAGGAAAAUGGGUUAGGGAGUGAGGUUGCUGUAAGAACCCAAUUCUCACAGGUAGUGCAGCUCUAGUGUUUGUUAAAGGGCGAGACAGCCGCUAAGUAACAAUGAAGUGCGUCUGAAUAUCUUAAUUUUUAUCGCAAGUUCCUUCCAUACUGCAAGGGAACGUGUGCAUUGUGCGGGGUUUAUUGGAGACGCACUAAAACCACCAAGAUCAGGCACUGAGGAACAAGUGACAAAGAAUACACGUGCCUUUUUAAAGCCUUUUGGGUGCCUGUAAGAGGGAUGUAAUUUUGCACACCCGGUCAUUUUAUUACAACAGACAGAAUUUUGUGUGUCUCUCAUCUCUCACAGAUCAGGUAGUGAAACACCGCAACGUUAUCCAUUGCUCCUGCAGUCCACUGGCAGAGCAAACCCAGAGCUUGUCAAGAGACAGCAAGAAACCAAGCUGGGUUUAGACUAAGAGUAAACUAGGCAGGAUAAAAAUCAAAAUGGGGCACAGACUGCAACGUAUAAGGUAGAAAAUUCAAGAGGGCAAAUGUGGCAAAAUAAAAAAUGCCCUUUCUGUGUGGGAUGUUGAGAUCAACUGAAAUAAUACAAUUUGGGGAUUGAUACCAAGACAAAGGCAGAAUACUGUAUUUUAUAUCUGCAAUCUCAUUGCUAGGCACUUACUUUCCCACAGGGUUUCUAGGAUGUAAUUCAGACACAAAUAUUUUCAAAUUCAGGGACAGGAGGGAAGAGACCUUAAUUAUUGGUACCUUACGGCGACUUAGCACAUCUGAAAUGUUCAUUUUGAUUUAGAUGUCCUUUUUGUUGUAAGAUGUCAGGGAGUACUGGCCCACUGUAGGGGCUUUCCAUGUUCCCAGGGACAGAUGGUGAAGAAUGGAUUUUAUUCUCUUGUAUGGCCAUGACUGACUUUAAGACUCACUUCAGUCUCAUUUUGGCUGUACAACAGAGACAAUUAGGCCUCAUGUCCCUAAUGCUUCAUCACAGAAGGAGCAAGCUUGGUUUGAAAAUGGUGUGGCAUUCUAGGACAUCAAUCCUGAGCCUCAGACGUGGACUUCAUGUCAAUUAUUACUUUAAUAUUUGUCAUGUAACUUUCAAAAUGGCACAACUUGUAUAAUAACCACUAAUAACUGAUGGAAACAUACCACUCACGUUUCCUGGAACUCUCCAGUAUGUUGAGUGUGAAAUACAGAAAGCGAUGAAGAACUUGGAGAAUCAAGGGAGGCAAGAGGGAAAGGAUGUGGUCUGUAUCCUGUCAAAUUCCCAGCCCUCUCCGCCUCCACCACCCCAAGCGUAAAAUGGGGAUAAUAAUACUUGCAGGAGUGUUAGGACUAUUUAAGUGUUUGUGAAGAAUUUUGAGCAUGAGAAGAGCUAAGUAUUAUUAAAACUCCAUUUCUAAUUGUUCGAGUAGGUGAUGGAGCAGUGACGUGGAUAAGUGUUUAGUGUGUUCCUGGACAGAUUUUGAAAGCAUGUUCAGUUUUAGCCAAUCCAUACUGCAAUCUCUCCUCUACCUACCAGUUGGGUUUAGGGUUUUGCCACGAAUAUUCCUUUUAACAUUUUGAAGCACAAAUGAUUCAUCCUGGGUAAUGGAAACAUCCCUUUUGAAAUACUGCCUGUUUUAUAAAGAAUUAGUUGAGAAAAUUUUUUUAAAGACAACCGUCUUUAAAUUCGUUCUUUUUAUUACAACAAUUGAGAGAUUUAUGUUAAAAUUCUCAGUGAUUUUUACUACUUGUAAACAGGAUUUUAAAUUUCAUCCCAUUCCUAAUAAAGAAAAAAAUGUUGUAUCGCAUGAAUUGUUGGGAAGAAUUUUGAUGUUGCAUGAAAAACACCAAAAAACUUUUCAAUAACAUUGUACUGGGUAAGUAACCAAAAAAGUGUAGGGUAUUUCUACAUCAGCAUACAGUAUGUUUUUAAUGUAUUUAUUGACAGUUUGUAGUUGUUUGAAUAUCUCUUACUACAGGCAUUUUUCUAGCCAAAUGUCAUCACUGUAUACGUAAAUUAAUGUAAGAAUAAAAAAAUUUACCAUCCUUCUGGAA